UUUUGUUUAUGUGGGCGUAUAACCAUAUUGCUCCAAUCAAAUCCUUUCAAAACUGUGUUACGGGCGUGGCUCUUAAAAUUCAACAUCAGGUUCGGUUUCACUGCUGUACCUUGUGGAAGAGGAUUGAAUUCCAGUCUGACAGGAGGAUCGGCUGUCAAUUAGAAGCCCCUUUGCCCUUGCCCUGCUGUCCAGUUGCACCAUGGGAAAGAAGAGUCGAGUGAAGACUCAGAAGUCAGGGACGGGCGCCACGGCCGUGGUGUCCCCCAAGGAGAUGAUGAGCCUCAUCUCUGAACUCCUACAGAAGUGUAGCAGUGCUGCCCCCGCUCCAGGGAAAGAGUGGGAGGAGUAUGUUCAGAUACGAGCCCUGGUGGAGAAGAUCCGCAAGAAACAGAAAGGACUUUCCGUGAUGUUUGAGGGCACCAGGGAGGAGUACUUCUCUGAGCUCAUGGCCUGGGCCCAGGAGAGCGGGGCCUCCUGCGACGGCUUCCAGGUCGCCAACUUCGGAGACGAGGGCUUCGGCCUCCGCGCGACCAGGGACAUCAAGGCAGAGGAGCUGUUCCUGUGGAUCCCCAGGAGUAUGCUGAUGACUGUGGAGUCAGCUAAGAACUCUGUCCUGGGCCCCCUGUACAGCCAGGACCGCAUCCUCCAGGCCAUGGGCAACGUGACGCUGGCUCUGCACCUGCUGUGCGAGUGCUCGGAGCCCGCCUCGCCGUGGCUGCCCUACAUCAAGACUCUGCCCUCCGAGUACGACACGCCACUCUACUACGAGGAGGAGGAGGUGCGCCACCUGCUGGGCACGCAGGCCGUGCAGGACGUGCUGAGCCAGUACAAGAACACAGCGCGCCAGUACGCUUACUUCUACAAGGUGGUCCAGGUAAGCGUGUGUGUGUGUGUGUUUUGUGAGGGAGCCAGUCGCAUCGUUUGGACUUUGUAUCCUUAAGCCCACAGCUCCCUG